UACGGCAACAUACAAGAAAUAUUGGAAAUUCAGUAUCCUGGUAUGGUUGGAUUGCGGUGUGUAGUAUUCUAUUGUGAUUGGUAUGACACCACCCCAGAUCGAGGAGUGAAGACUGAUGCGUUUGGUGUUACUUCGAUUCAUUCGCGGAGGAAACUUCAAUAUUAUGAUCCUUUCAUUCUUGCUUCGCAAGCUGAUCAGGUGUGCUACAUCAGUUACCCUCGGGUUACGUACCGAGACGAUCCAUGGAUCACGGUGGCGCAAAUCAACCCAAGAGGACGAGUAAACGGACCUUCUGAUAAUGAUCCAUUACAACCAAACUCUACCAGCAACGUGAGUGCAGUUGAAGAUUUGGCAGAGGUUGAACUCGUUGAGAAUUUUAACGAGUUUGGAAUUGAUGCUGUUGUACACUCGGAGCCAGAAGCUGAGAUUGGCGAGUUUGACGAAGAUUCUGAAGAUUCUACAGAUUCUGAAGAUUCUGAUUAUGACUUAUGUUUUCUUAGUUGUAUGAUUAGUUUUUUUUUUUUUAAUUAACAAAAUCCGUCGGUAUUCCAUCGGAAUAUUCCGAUGAAAUUCCGACGACUCGUGGUUAAUUCAGGGUUUAGCCAUUCGUCGGAAUUCCGUCAGAAUAUUCCGAUGGAAUUCCGACGGAUUUAACAAAAUUCGUCGGAAUUCCAUCGGAAAACUCUGACGGAAUUCCGACGACCUGAAUAUUUGAAAUUUUUAUAUCAUAAUAUAUCUAUAUUUGGAUACCGAAACUACUUUAAUAACACAUAUUAGAUGUUUAAUAUAAUAUUACAUAUCAACCGUUCGAUUUUUACAAAUUAUUUAAAUAAUUAUAUAUUUAUAUCAUUGUUUUCAUAACAUCUCAUCUUAAUACUCAUAU